ACAAGUACAGUUAGCGUGGGCAUCUCUCAGUUCGGCCGUCCGUCGUUUCUUCAUCCCAGCAAGAUGAUGUUGACUACUUCUUCUCCCAUCGCUGAUCCUCUCUUUUGUAAGUUUAAGUCAACCAACGUAGAUUCCAAAAAACCCAUCGGUUGGCCGCCGGUUGUUUCUUGUGCCUCCAAAUUCCCAGUGGCUAAUAACAGUUUUCAAUCGUUCCUCUCAAUUUCAUCUGAUCUGGUCGACCAUUGUACUCUACUAGUACAUAAUCGUACUAGUAACAUUAUUGGGAGGUCUUUCACCUCUCGCGCCUCUGUCAGGGGUGAUGUCUCUUCGCUUGGGAAGAAAUUGUUAGUUUUGGCUGAAGAUCGUGAAGAUGACGAUGAUGAUGACGAUGAUGAACACGAGCUGAAGAAUAUCCCACAAUUAGAUGCAGUCGUCAAGGUAUUUUGCAUUAUGGCAGAACCGGAUUUUGCAUCCCCAUGGGGAAGGGUACAAGAAGAGUCUUAUAGUACUGGGUUAAUUGUGAGUGGGAGAAAAGUGUUAACUACUGCUCAUUCAGUUGAUCACCACACUCUAGUGAAACUUAAGAAACACAACUGUGAUACAAUGUAUACAGCUACAAUGCUUGCUAUAGCACCUGAGUGUGAUCUUGCGAUGCUAACAGUACAUGAUGAUGAAUUCUGGAAAGCAGUUAAGCCGGUGGAAUUUGGGGAUAUGCCAUCCCCUGGGGAUAAAUUGAUUUUUACUGGCUAUCGAGAAGAUAGAGAUUAUGUGUCUCUGAUGGCUGCUAGUGUGUCGAGAUUGAGCAUGAGACGCUAUUCGUUUUGGGGCACCACACUUCUGGCUUUGCAGGUCAAUGUAGCCGGGAAUGGAGCGAUUUACGAGGGACCUGUUUUUGAUGAAAUAUGCAAAUGUGUAGGAAUAGAAUUUCAGUCCAAAGGCAACAAAAGUGACGUUAUACCUGCAGAAGUUAUUAAGCACUUCAUUCAAGACUAUGACAACAAUGGUGCAUUUACUGGAUUGCCACUACUUGCCAUCAAGUGGCAAAAGAUGGAAAGUCCUUAUUUACGCUUGUUCAUGAAGAUGGAACAUGAUGAACAAGGCGUCCUUAUUACAGAAGUCAAGCCUAACUAUCCAGAAUCUGUGAUUCUAAAACCAUACGAUGUUCUUUUCAGUAUUGAUGGGAUUGACAUUAAUAAUGAUGGAACAGUUCCAUUUUCAAGAGGACAGCGAAUAGAAUUCAGUUAUCUUAUUGGUAAAAAAUAUAACGGUGAUAAGAUUGUUAUUAAAGUGCGCCGAGGUUCAGAGAUACAUGAAUUCAUCAUCAAUCUUGCAACACACAAACAAUUCGUCUCAACCAACAUAAUUGGGAUUCCUCUUCCGUAUUACAUUAUUGGAGGAUUUGUUUUCACAACUCUUUCAUUUCCAUAUAUGCAAGUUAUGGAUGGUAGGUACGAUAGAUAUAAGACGCCAGACGAAGAUGAGCUUUUCUCCCAGGCUUUAUACGAAGAGCGUGUUGUGCUUUGUCAGGUGCUUAAAGCUGACGUCAAUGACGGGUGUGACAUGGAGCUCUUAGUGCAGGAUCAGGUUCUCGUCACUUUUAAUGAUAAGCCCGUUGAGGGACUAAAGAGCUUGGUCAGUAUGGUAGAGAUUUGUAAUGAGGAUUUCAUGAAGUUCACUUUUGGGAACCACAAGAUUCUAGUAUUGCCGACAAAUAUUGCCAGAUCAAGAACUCCGGAUAUCCUUCAAGCACAUUCCAUAGGUUGUGCUAUGUCUGAUGAUUUGAAGAAGGUAGUAAAGUUGACUCAAGGCAAAGAAAGUCCCAUAGAUAUCUGAAAGUUUGAAUGGUUGUGUUAGCUAGAAUUUCGAUUAAGAGUGUCGUUAGUCUUUUCCCCUUUUUAAGUUGUAAGGUAGAGAAAAAAAAAAAUGAGCUUUUUUUUGGGUACUAACUGAUGCACUGUGGUUUGUGUUGAUCCUUAGCUUGAGUUUUAACCGCCUUUGGUUGUGUUAGCUAGAUUUUCAUAUCAUUUUGAAAGUGAAGACACCGAAAGCCCGUAUGGAGC